GAAGAUGGCGGAAGAGCGACAGAACCUUUUGGACGAGGAAGGGGAUAUCUCUUCUUCAGGUCCUAGAAAUGAAAGCGGACCGGUCAGACCGAUGUCCGCACUCUGUGACCCGAGACGAGUGCUUCAUCGCAUUUUCGUCCUGCUUUUUAUGUGCUUUCUGGGAUUCGGAAGUUACUUCUGUUAUGAUAACCCCGCUGCUUUGCAGACUCAAGUCAUACAGGACAUGAAGCUGAACACGUCCAUGUUCAUGCAGCUCUAUGCCUGGUACUCCUGGCCCAACGUGGUCCUCUGUUUCCUGGGGGGCUUCCUGCUCGACAGGGUCUUUGGCAUCAGGCUAGGAACGAUAAUCUUCGCCUUGUUUGUCUGCGUUGGACAGGUUAUAGUUGCUGUUGGGGCACUUCUAGAUCUGUUCUGGUUAAUGGAAGUUGGACGGUUUGUGUUUGGGAUCGGAGGUGAGUCUCUGGCUGUGGCCCAGAACACAUAUGCAGUGAACUGGUUCAAAGGGAAGGAGCUCAACCUGGUGUUUGGUCUUCAGCUCAGCAUGGCCAGGCUGGGCAGCACAGUCAACAUGAACAUCAUGGGCUGGGUGUACAACCGUGUCGCUGACCUGGUAGGCUCGACAGGACACACCACUCUGGGAGUCUCACUCAUGAUCGCUGGGGCGACCUGUAUAUUCUCUCUGGUCUGUGCUCUGGUGUUGGGCUACCUGGACAAGCGAGCCGAGAGGAUCCUCAACAAGGAACAGGGAGGGACCGGGGAAGUGAUCAAGCUGACGGAUGUGAAGGACUUCCCCUUCCCACUGUGGCUCAUCUUCAUCAUCUGUGUGGGCUACUACGUGGCCAUCUUCCCCUUCAUCGGACUGGGACAGGUUUUCUUCAUUGAAAAGUUCAACUUCUCACCACCUGAAGCAAGAGCAAUCAACAGUAUUGUGUACAUCAUCUCGGCCCCAGCCUCCCCUGUGUUGGGCUUCAUGGUGGACAGGAUAGGGAAGAACGUGAUCUGGGUGCUGUGUGCCGUCGUCACGACGCUCAUAGCCCACAUGAUGCUCGCCUUCACCUUCUGGAACCCCUGGAUCGCCAUGUCCCUGUUGGGUGUGUCCUACUCCCUGCUAGCCUGUGCCCUGUGGCCUAUGGUGGCCUUCGUGGUGCCAGAGCAUCAGCUGGGGACAGCCUAUGGCUUCAUGCAGUCCAUCCAGAACCUGGGCCUGGCUCUGACCUCCAUGGCAGCAGGAUCUAUUCUGGACAACAAGGGAUACCUCUUCCUGGAGGUCUUCUUCAGCGCCUGUGUCUGCUUGGCACUGAUCGCAGUAGUGAUGCUGUACUUUGUUAAUUAUCUACGAGGAGGAAAUCUGAACCUCUCAGCCUCUGCCAGGGCCAAACUCCUGAAGGGCUCCGAUUCAGAGUGAGAGGGCACACAGUCCUGGGCCACAGCUGUCAAUCACCUGCUAGGGGGUGUGUCUCCACUACUGACUCCUCCCACCUGUACACUGACCUAGCCCUGCAUUGUAACUGACCCCUCCCACCAACAUACUGACCCAUCGCAGCUCAGAUUUAUUUUUAUUUACAACUGUGAACUGGCCAAGAAAAAGCAAAGCAGUGCAAUAAAAAACAACAAUGCUGAACCUUCUGCUCUGACAUCACAAACCGACUCCUCCUCCUCGCCUCACUGACUCCUCCCUCCUGUGGCUGUGUCAGGGCUGGCUAAUGACUUGCUUUGGAACCUCAAACCUCAGCACCAAUCACACUUUAAUGUCAGUAGAGUGGGGUACCAGGAAGCACUUUAAGCAGACUUUUGUUUCUAAAAGGUUUUUAAAUGUCUGUGGAACAAGGCCCCAGGCUGAGUGACUUUUACUUCAGAGAUGUAAAGUUAUUCACCAAUAAUGCACGUGUGGUUGUGCCUGAUUGCUUAGUAAAAUCACCCACACUAUAAGAGGUGAACUGGUUCAAUGUUCUUAUAAAAAUAUUUUAAGCAUCUCUCUAAAACCAGGGUGUUAGAAAUGACAGAUUGUCCAUCAAUGUUAUGACAUUAUGUAUGUUUUUUUUUAUGAAUAUUGUUCAGAAAGGACUUUAAUCCAAAACUUGAAGUAAAAAUGUAUCAAAACAAACAGUUGGUGUGUUUAUAACUUCUAUACGCACAUAAAUGAAUAAUCUGUGCAAUCAUCAUGAAAAUGUCAUCAAAUUAGCAACACAAAACCAACCCAUCUCAUUUUCUGGCUUUUGCCUACAGUGAGGUCAUUCUGAAUAGUAAUCAUAUAUUCAUCAUCUAGUUUGACGGAUUUAUGCUGAAGGAUUUCAGAAUCUGCAUUGUGUUCAAUUCUUUAUAGCGCCGUUCCUUCAUUAAAUUCCUUUCUUUGCUCUUGGCUGGUCAUAGAGGCUCGUAAUACUUUACACUCUGUCACACCAUCAAGGCUAAGGCAGACCUUGUCAAAGUGAUAAAGGAAUUUAAAGGGGAACAUUUUUGAUAGCGUUCACCCAAUGUAUAAUUAUGUUCAUUUUUUUAAAAACGCUUAACUCCAAUUUUGAAUGCAGCAGUUUUACAGUGACCUUCAUGAAAAUGACCUGGCUUAUGUGUAAGAAGGAUAACUUUUAAGAAUACUAUAACAUUGGCAAUUGGGUGGAAACCCUCUUUGCUCCACAACUGAAUGAAAGGAUAAAUGCUUUGUUUUGUUGAUGUUUAUUGAUCAAUAUCAGGGAAUUGCCAAGAGACACUUUCAUAUGUUGAAAACCACAAUCUAACGAUCAUUCUAAUGUCAAAAUCACUUUUGAUAGUUUUUCUAUUGUAAUGAACGAUCACUUCAAAGUAUUUAUCCCUGAAUCAGUUUUCUGCAGGACAACCUGAGCUUGAACCAAGGGCUUGCCGUAGUAUAGUAUUAGGUCAAAUAUUGUGGUGGAGGAAGCCUAUCCAUAUACCACUAAAGUUGUGACGGCUGUUUGUUUGUCUUUGUUAGCUGCAGAAUAGUCUCUGUGUAAAUUGCACUAAGAGUGCUGCCUGUUUAGAGUUGAUCUCUCUAACAAACUUCUAACAGCUCUAAAUAACAUGUGUUCUAUGGGUACUACUGCCUAGAGCAAAGGUCUCCAACCCUGUUCCUGGAGAGCUACCCUCCUGUAGAUUUUCACACCAACCCCAGUUGUAACUAACCUGGUUCAGCUUAUCAACCAGCUAAUUAUUAGAAUCAGGUGUCAUAUAGUAGGGUUGGAAUGAACCUAGAGGACGUUAAGGCUUCAGGGAACAGGGUUGGAGACCCCUGGUGUCGAGGUACCAUGUGUAUUCAUAUUUUACAACUAUUGCAAUAAUAAAUUACCUCAAACGACAUGUUGUACUUUUAGAUAACUUUAAAUAUUUUAAAUGAAUGAUAAAAUAAAAUAAAGUGCAUGUUUUUGUUACAUAUCUGAUGUUCACUGUGUUUGUUAAAGAACAUUUUCAGGCCAUUGUGUCCUUGCCAGAUCUGAUUGUCAUUCUGUCUGAUCAAAUUGACUUUAUAUACUACAGUAUUGUCUCAGGACAGCAAAUAAAAGUUUGUAAAAACAGCCCCA